UGUGGUACGAGUCAGCGGUAUUGAUAGUUGAACUGUCAUGGCGGCCGAAAUGAGCUGUGUUCUUCAUUGGGGCGAAAUUGAUGAACCCUCAGUCAAGGCUCUUACAACGCCGAUAGAAUCGAGUAGGCCUAAAGCUGUGGAUUGUGAAAUACCACGACUUCAUCAACCUUCUUCUGACGUUUAUCCACCCAAAGAUGAACUGCCAGCCAAGUUCUUGCCUUCUGUGAAGCCACCACUUGAUAAACACUCCCAAAAUCUUGUUCUUCAUACCAUUGAGUUACAACAUCAUAAGAGACGCAUGCGGCAAGUGCUAAUGGCGGCACAGCACCAGUACGGAGAGAAGUCAGAAUUCCAUGAGCCAUUAUUACUCCCCCCUCAUCCCCCAAAGCCCAAACGGUUCUGUACUACUCAAGGUAUUGUCACACCGCAGACUCAAACAACCCUCAUGGCCAGGCUUCACACAUCUCCCAGUACUCGGUCAAGCCAUAAGCUUGUAUAUCCACAUCUUGACAGUGUAUCUGUUCGGCAACUUCUUCUUAGAGCAGUGGCUGCCAUUUGUGCUCACUCAGGAUUUGAGAUGGCCAGUGAGAUAGCACUAGAGAACCUCACAGACAUCUUGCACGACUUUAGCACAAGAUUCUGUAAGCUGCUUAGAUCAAAUGUUGACAGUUAUGCUGCAAAUGGCAGGACUGGUUUCCCUGAUGUAAUGGAGAGUGCACUGCAUGAGAUUGGACUGGGUGGAACAGCUGCCCUUCAGAAAUACUGGAUCAGCAGUGUUCAGGACUAUGCCUUGCGACUACAGCAGGAAGAUCGCCAACUUAUCCAUGACUACCUACUCAUCACCGACCCCUCCUCAAGAUCUAAUCUUGCUCUUAACGGAAACAUGGAUUCUCUAACAAAUGUUAAAAUGGAAGAUGAUACUACCGAAGUGAAAUAUUCUUCUACACUGUACAGGACAUAUUCAAUGGGGGAGCAAAGUUCUGAUUUCUCAACCAUGAGUCCUUGUGGCAUCCUCGGUGAUGGAAAUGGUGCUGGCGAGCUGAAUGGUGACUCAUCUUCUCCUCACUGGAAUAUCAACUUUAAAACAGAGCCUGUGGAUGAUUCCUAUGCAGACCCCAUCGCAGUGGUACCCGCUACUCCCCAUUCUUCUUGAAUAUGACAUUGAUACUUGUCCUGCCACCCCCAAUUAACACCAACAUAAUGAGACUCUAUACCCACCAUGCCCUUGUUACCCUGACUAGAACUGACACCCUGUGCCGGUAACACACCUUGGUCAUCUGGUAAUAAUGGGCAAUAAUCAAGGCACAACAGGCAAUUCUAUGGAUGUGUGAAUGAAAUUCCCUCAUAGAGGGUGCACCCUCUGGCAAUUGAAACAAUCCAGCAAGUUUGUCCAAUCUGAACUUUAUUUGAAAGAUUUAAAUGUGAACCACAUGCUUCUACGCUGAAUGUGUUAUGAAAUAAAGGUAAGGGCUUUACAAUAAAUCACUUGAUUUUUGUACAAGCCCGUACCCAGGUUGGUUGCAGGGGGUGCGAACGCAUCCCCCUUCCCCUCCACAACGGCCGAAAGUCCACUUUCGGUUCGCAAUCCACGUGCUAUUUGUAGACGCAUAAGCGAAAUAGAUAAAAAGGCAUAAAAUAUAACUUUGGUAUGUCAUUAAUCUUUAAAGGGGCAGUCGCACCGGGAGCAGUAUUUUUCAAGAAUGCUACCGUUACCAAUCCAGCACAAAGAAAAACUACUGGACACUAUCUAAAAGCUGUUUGAUUGUAUUCUUGUGAGAAUAUUCGGCGCGAUGCAAUCGUAUUUCACGUCUACAUAAUCUUUCAGCCGUCUAUUUCGCUCUCAGGAAAUGACGAUUCCACGGUGUAUUUUCACUUUGAAACGAACGUGCGACUGCCCCUUUAAGUCAGACCUUUUUGUAUUCAAAUCCGAUAAUAAACGUCCCCUAGAGAUU